CAUGCGACAGUCAAGAUGUCGACCAUCCUGGAUCUUCCGAAGCCCCGAAUUAAUUUUUCUAUGUUGGGGCGAUAUAUCAACAAACCCGUCUGUUUUGUUGGGCGUGUUGAGAAGGUACACCCAACUGGAAAAUCGUUUACGGUCGUGGAUGGAGAGGGACAAUGUGUAUCUGUCGAAUUGAAUGACCCUCUUGGAGAAGAACUGUCUGGAAUUGUGGAGGUCAUUGGAAUGGUGUCAAAUAAAGGAGCUCUAAUGGCCACCACAUUCAGCAUGCUCAGAGAUGAAAAAGGCAUUCCGUUUGACCUGGAACUCUACAAUGAAGCUAUAAAACUCAUCCACGAUUUCCCCCAGCACUACCCUUUUGAAGUGGCUUCAAGUGGAUGA